UCCCCAGUUCCCUGCAUACAAAUCCAGCACUCGGCAGUCGGCGCCGUGGACGUCAGCCGCCACGGAACCAAUGACCACCGCCGCAGCAGCACGUAUCACCCCUUCCAUCCUGCCCCGUCCACGCAGGAGGGUCUCCGUGACGCGCGCUUCAGCUAGUGGCACCACCGGGCGCGGCCGGCGGCUGCCGCUGUGAGUUUGUCGCCAGCGUCGGGAACGGCGGGCUCUCCGGGGAGGAUGAACCUCGCCUCAUAGACCGAGUAAUAAGCUUCCGCAUUUCUUUGUUCUUCUCGCCCUUUCAUUUUUCGUCUCAUCUCGCCAUUUGGUCGAACAAAUGAUAAACGCUCCGCGAGUACGGUUCGUUGCCUCAUUGCCGUUUCCGUGGCGUCGAGAACCGGAGUGUGGAAUGGUGAAUACGUGCAACUUGGUAACAAUGUCAACUUUGUUUUUCUGCGACGGGGUGUUGCAUAUAUUUCUGUUCUUGAGUUGUGCAUUGUGUCGAACAUAUGACCUGCGAAAUUGCAUUGCGCCAACGGGAGUGUAGUUUCACGCCAUGCUUUAGUAAAAUAAUUACUCCCUCCGUCCAACGAAGGAUGUCUCAACUUUGACUAAAUUUGAAUGCAUUUAUACACUAAGUCAUGUCUAGAUACAUUCAAUUUUUUACAAACUUGAGACAUCUUUCGUUGGACGGAGGGAGUAUGUCAUAGUUAUGCAUUUGCUUGAAAUUCUGCUGCUCUCUCUUAUUGACUUUUCUGUUAUGCUAAGUUUGACAUGAAAAGAAUUGUGAUGUAUGGACUUCGUAAAGUUUCAAAUAGAGAGAGGCAAACAUGCAUAUUUGUACUGCCUACCAAAUUGGUUCACGUCAGUUGUUGUAAUGCCACUAUGUCGAUAGCCUUUGAAGCCAAUAUAAGAUGAUACUAAUCAAGUGAACUGUAGUUCAGGCAGUGGUAGCGCUGCACACUGCAACAUGAAGGAUCUUCUCUGGGUAAAUACAAUAUUUCAUCACCCAUAAGCUAACCCUCUUCUGCAUAAUUAACUGGAUACAAAACUUUCUGCACUACACUACUGUAGUAGGUUACAAUUCUAUAUAACAUCUUAGUUCUGUAUGGAACUUUGGAUGCUUUAUUAAAAAAUAUAUAUGUUGCCUUAAGAGAGGCAUCAUGCUCAAGUUUACAUAAUUAAAGGCAUGUCAUAUGACUUUGCUUUUUCCUAACCCAUAUUUUUUGCUAUGCUACUUUCCUUUCAUCUUGAUGCAAAGAAAUAGGUUAUAGCUUAUUACUUUGUUUCUUACUAAGACAUACUCUUUACAAUAUCAUCUACAGCAGAAAAGCUCUUGAUGCAGCAUGAAUGACAUAAAUAACUUGGUUGCAGAAGGGAGCGUUACAAGAUUAGGCAGUGCUGGUAGUGCUUUUGUUAUGUUUCCUAUUGCUUAAAUGUAUCAAACUUCUGUCAUAAGUUUCAUUCAUCCUAUUCAUGAAUGUUACUGUGUAUAUCCAGCGAGUCUUUUCCAAGUGGCUGCUUAACACUAGUUUUUGCUUUGUGCGGCGGCCUUCCACAAGGAAGAGUAGUAGAGGCAACUCUUUUUUCUGUGCUUCCUUGCAGCAAUUAGAUAGAUAUAGUUUAUUCUUACUUUGAUUAUGGCCAUUUAGUCUGAUUUUUGCAUCUUGAUAAUGUCGUACCAACUGCUUAAUUCAUUUAAAAUGUAACAACUUGAAGGCGUAUGCAGGGGCGGAGGCAGGAAAAAAAAUAUAGGGAGGCCCAGAAUAAAAGGGAUGAUUUAUUAGGGGGGCCAAAGCAUAAAAAUAUGAAGCUCAUAUGAUGAAAUUGCAGGGACUAAGUAGAAAUACGAAAUCUUAGGGGGCCAGGGCCAGUGCUGGCCUGGUCCCUGCCUCCGCCCCUGGGCGUAUGGCCCAGAAAGCAGUGGAAAAACUACUUGAGCUCUGCAUGCCAUUGCUGAAAUACAGAAGCUAGGAGAAAAUGCCAUGCUUGUUGAUGCAGGGCAUGCUUUUGAUCCAGCUUAUUCAAAAGCGCUCAGGGUAGAUAUUGAGAAUCUGAUUGUAUGCCAGCCUGACAAUGGAGAGACAGCACUAGAAAGUAAUACAUUUUCCACUCAUGACCGCUCAGUACCUGCCUUUGUUUACUUCAAAUUUUUUUGCGUCUAACCUAUGUUGUUCUACUUUUUAAGAAGGUUGCAUAGUGAAUGAUUUGGAUUUUUUUUUCACAGGAACUUUCCGUUUCAAUCCAUGUUUGUGAUGAUUCAUUUGAUGUACUAAAUCUGAAUAAUGUUUUUCAUGUAAUAUUAGUUAAUGACGCUUCAACCUUUAAUAUCCUUUCCCAAUUGCCUUUCUUUGCCAUUUGAGGGGUUAAUUAUGUUUUAGCAUCCUGUGACUUCCUUUAGCAAUUCUGAAGUUAAUUGUAUUUCUGUUAUUCAGAGCUGUUACUUUGAUUCGAUAACCAGAAGUUCUAGGAUUAUAUCUAUUUUCAUUUGAGAAAAACACAUACUAUUUCAAUCACCUGCUACGCUUGAAGGCAUAGCUGGGUAUAUGGGUAUAUAGAUUCACAUAUAGCUCAAAGUUUCCAACUGAUAAAGAUCUUUUUUUUGAGGGCCAACUGAUAAAGAUCACAUCCCUAUCUGAGGUACAGUGAAAAAGCAUUUGUUGUUCAAAGAUAGUUUCUAAAAUGUCUUUUCCAUUUCAGAAAUUUUAAACAUAUAGUAUUGAUAUUUCAUCAGCAGCCAGUACGUCGGUUAUUUAUGAACCAUAUUAGGUUGAUAAAAUGAUCAGACAAAUUCAAAGUUGCUGACCGCAUGUGUAGAUCUGGAGCAAUAGAUCUCAUCUGUAUUGAUGCAGUUUCAGCUCUCACUCCACGUGCAGAAAUUGAAGGUGAGAUAGGGAGCAGAUGGGUUUACAAACUUGUCUGAUGAGUCGAGCAUUGAGAAAGAUGUCCAGGCAACGCCUCAAAGGCUGGUUGUACUCUUAUGUUCUUGAAUCAAAUACUCCCUCCGUCCCACUAUAUGAGGCACGCACGUGCUCCAAGAUCGUCAAAUUAACUACCAAAAUACAAAUUAAUAUGGCGUAAAAAAUAUAUCAUUAAAAAGUUAAUAUGACGUAAAAAAUAUAUCAUUAAAUUCGUAGUCAAAUUAACUUUUUAAUGAUAUAUUUUUAUGAAAUAUAAUUUAUAUUUUGCUAGUUAAAUUUGUGAUCUUGGGACGCAUGCGUGCCUCAUAAAAAGGGUCGGAGGUAGUAAGACACAAGGUGUUCAACAUUAGCUUUCUGCUGACGCUUACUGUUCAUUUCCAUCUUAUUCUGUCGCUUGAUAAUUUCCAUUUGUUCUAGAUUGGAAUAUUCUACUGAAGUUACUAGCGGAGGCCAAGGGAGAUGAAGAUGUUGGUGUCGAGGUCCGUGUCAAAGUGCAGAAGAGUAAAGUCUCCAGGCCCUACAAGCAAGCUGAAUUCGAAAUCAUGUUUGGGGAGGUCGUUAGUAAAUUGGGACGCAUUCUUGAUUGUGCUGAGCUGAUGGAAGUUGUUGCAAAGAAGGAUUCAUGCGGUACAGUUACAAAGAUAGUAUCAGACGAAAUUACCAAUUUGCGGGUAGAUUAUGGACCUGAGCUAGCUGAGCCAUGUGCGGGUUGUGAUGAACUGCAUAUAUAGAUUCCGAGACAUACAUCCUGCAGCCGGGGAAUCGUCUGGCAGUUGGAACCAUACAUGCAUGGAGUGGAGUGAACGGAAUUAAGAAAACUGCGGUGCACAUGGACAGACAUGGCUGCAGGUUGGUCUAUAUAUAACAGGAGCGACAAGGCUGUGCGCUUCUUUGUUCCAUCAGCUCAUCUCUGCCAUUAACUCUGCGUUUGUAUUUAGCUAGUCCACUCCACUCCGUUAGUACACUUGGGCGAGAGGAGCAUGGAAGCAUCAUGGGUCGUACCUUGCGACUUGGGUUGGUCCAUGGAAGAGUCAGCUGCGUGGAGUGAUGAUAGUAGUAGUUUGCAAACAUCCUUCCCUAGCCAUAGCCAUAGCGAAGUGCAGCUGCAGGUGGUUGAGUAUGCAGGCCCAGCCACACACGGUAAUUGUAAUCCGGUUCAGGUGUUCGAGAAAGCAGCGCAAGUGUUCUGUGAUGACUAUCUGCGCAGUAUGGAAUGGAAGAUGCACAAGUUUCCUCCAAGCCUGAUAGGUGUCCGCUCAUGGUACACCCGCCCGCUGACUGUGGCCAUCGGCCCUUAUCACCACGCGGUUCAUCCCAGCGUGCUCGAGGCGGAGAAGGUGAAGCAUGUGGCUGCCAACAAUUGCAUCAGUGACUGUGGCAUCUCAGUCCAGGAGAUGUACGAUGCGGUCUUCUCCGUGUCGCACGUCGCCCGCAGCCUCUACCACCAGGAAGCGGUGGCUCGUAUCGGCGACGAUGUCUUUUUGCCCAUGAUGUUCUUUGAUGCUUGCUUCUUGGUGCAGUUCAUGCGUAUUUACAAGCGUGCGCAACACAUGGAUACGGCGCUUUUCACCUAUUUCAUCUCCAACGAGGACAGCAUCUGCACCGACAUCAUGAAGCUUGAGAACCAGAUCCCUUGGGUGGUGGUUAAAACCAUCUUGAGCUUCAUGCCAGCGCCCUCACCCUUGGAGAAGUUCGUCACUGCGAUGAAACGCCGUCUGAAGAGCAAGAUUUCUGUCAUUGAAGACAUCGUCCUAGAUCCCAAGUAUGAACCGCCGCAUCUCCUCGGUCUCGUCCGGUUCUACAUCGUCGGAAACAACAACACCAACAAACACCUCCGGCUUCCUGACGGAGGAGACAAGGACAUGUCAUUAUCUAUCAGCGUCGCCGAGCUUGCCAACGUCGGUGUCAACCUCGUACCCAAGGAAGAUGCAGCUGGGCUAGUGGACAUGUGCCUCCAAGACAACAAGAAAUGGCGCAUGUUCGGCGAUCUCGUCGUGCCGCCCCUGUCCCUGACCGAGGCGAAUGCGACCUGGCUCAUCAACAUGGCGGCCUUUGAGUUAUGCAAGACCCCAGACUUCGUAGGUGAUCGUAUUGAUGAUGAAGAUUCCGCUGUCUGCUCCUACCUCCACCUCUUCGCCAUGCUGCUGGACCAGGAGCAGCACGUGCAUGAGCUGCGGGAAAACAAAGUCAUCGAAGGAGGAGGGCUCACCAGCAAGGAGGCGCUCGAAUUCUUCACCUGCAUUGGCAAGAACAUGCGCCUCGGAAAGUGCUACCUCGACAUAAUAAUAAAGAUCGAGAAGUUCAAGCUCAAGAGGUCAGUUUUGCUCAAGUUGUACCUCUUCAUUACGAGGAACAGGAAUAAAAUCAUUACCGUGCUCUCGGUCUUCGCUGCAGUUGUUGGCGUCUUGUCGUCGCUCCAAGCUUUGAAGCCAGCUCGCUAAGACUUACUGGUAGUACUUUUUUUUCUAAAUACACCAAAGCCGGUGUAUUAUUUAUUUAUAGCUAGACAGAAAGUGUGAUGCAGUAAAAAGCUCGAUUUGGUGCUGGCGCUCCGUCGCCUUCAGAUUGUGUCACUUCAUUUUUUUUUUGCUUCACUUGUUUUUCAAAUGGUGUUUUCAUCACUUCGUUGAUGAAUAAUUGUCUCCAUUUCUCAAAACAUGUAUUUUUGUGAGUCUGGCAAGGCACAGGUAUUGUGCGUAUAUCCUAACGAGCGAUAUAAUAUGGUUGGUGUUAUAUUAACUCUUGUCGUCAGUGAGGCAGCUAGCUAGACAACCAGCUGAACCUGGCAAUGCUAGACGCCAGCUGUACAUUCCAUGUAUCCGGUAACACAUUGAUAAUAUAGGAAUCACUAUUUGGGCAAGUA